AUGCAAGCCAUCAAGUGUGUCGUGGUGGGAGAUGGAGCUGUGGGGAAAACAUGUCUCCUUAUCAGCUAUACCACUAAUGCCUUCCCAGGAGAAUACAUCCCCACUGUGUUUGAUAACUAUUCUGCCAAUGUGAUGGUUGACAGCAAGCCUGUAAAUCUGGGGCUGUGGGAUACUGCUGGACAAGAGGAUUAUGACAGGCUGAGGCCACUCUCUUACCCCCAGACGGAUGUCUUCCUGAUCUGCUUCUCCCUUGUCAGCCCAGCAUCAUACGAAAAUGUCCGUGCUAAGUGGUUCCCCGAGGUGAGGCACCACUGCCCUAACACUCCCAUCAUCCUGGUGGGCACAAAGCUGGAUCUCCGUGAUGACAAGGACACCAUUGAGAAGCUGAAGGAGAAGAAGCUAUCCCCCAUUACAUAUCCUCAGGGCCUUGCUCUGGCCAAGGAAAUUGACUCUGUGAAGUACCUGGAAUGCUCAGCUUUGACGCAGCGUGGCCUCAAGACGGUGUUCGACGAGGCCAUCCGAGCAGUCCUCUGUCCACAGCCUACCCGGACAAAGAAACGUGUCUGCAGCCUCCUCUGAGCAAAUUCCAGAUGCAUCCUGAUGCCAGGCUCUG